AUGCUGCGAAGGAUUUCUUCUUUGUCAAAAAACCCUUUCAAGCACGUUCUUCAAGACCUCAACCUUCCUACACGUUUUCAAUACUUCUCCUUAACCGCUUUACAAGAUUCUCGCCUUCUCGAACUCCCCUACUGCAUCCGCGUUCUAUUAGAAUCUUCUGUUCGAAAUUGUGAUGAAUUUUCAAUUAAAGGGUCAGACGUAGAGAAUAUUCUGGAUUGGACCAAUAAAAGCAAACAAGAUGUGGAAAUUCCUUUUAAGCCUGCCCGAGUUGUUUUACAAGAUUUCACAGGAGUCCCAGCUGUUGUAGAUCUUGCAGCUAUGAGGGAUGCCACUGUAAAAUUAGGCAAAGAGCCUGGGCUGAUUAACCCACUGUGUCCUGUUGAUUUGGUAAUUGAUCACUCUGUACAGGUAGAUGCGAGCAGAUCGGCAGAAGCAUUGAGGAUAAAUGAUUAAGAGAAAAGUUAGAUGGGUCUUCGGGGUUUAUUUCAGCCUCUUUCCGCCUUUGCUGAAUUCAGGCUCCUCGCCCUAGGUAUCGGUUUGCACUUAUGCCUUUUUCUGGCGACGUCACAAAAAAAUAGUGACGUCGAUCGAUAUCUCUUGGGGGAAAUGCACCCAGGUACUUCCUAUUGGUCAGCAUAAUAUAUCAGAAGAUGGGAAAGAGGGCAUGACCACAAAUCUUCCUUCUAGUCCCCAUUAUAUUUUGUGGGGUAAAAAACUCUGUCCCGAUCAGAAAAAAACUACCCCAGACACAAACCCAAAACCUUGAGGGCAUAGGAGAAGGCCAUGUACAUUUUAUUUAUCUGUGAGGAUAAAUGAAGAAAUGGAGUUUAGGAGGAAUCGGGAUAGGUUUGAAUUCUUGAAAUGGGGGCAGAAUGCAUUUAAAAACCUGCAGAUUGUGCCACCGGGGUCUGGAAUUGUGCAUCAAGUCAAUUUGGAGUAUUUGGCAAGAGGAGUUUUUAAUGAUGAUGGAAUUUUGUAGGCGAAAAUAUUUUUUAUUAUUAGAAAAAUGGAUUUUAUAAAAAUUUUUAUUAAAAAUAUUUGACCCAAUUUUGUAUCCAGAUUCAUUGGUUGGAACUGAUAGUCAUACUACGAUGAUUAAGAUUAAGAUUAAGAUUACGCUGGGUAUUUAAGGUCCCUACUACGUCCGAGGUCGCAUGCCACGGUUUCCCGUGUGGGUGGCAGAGCGUUCACCCAAGCCCGGGCCGAAACCCCCGGUUUCUCGGUAGAGGUAUUGUCAAGGGCCGUCUUAUACCGGCUUUGCUGACCACCUCCAUUUCCAACUUGGAUCGUCGCCUAAGUUUACGCCAACUCCGCUUCGUCGUCCGCCAGAUCUGCCCAUUGAAGGGCACCUUUUCAACUGGAGAGACCCCCGUCUCGAUGUCUAACUCGCCUCCCCUCUUUUCCGGUCAUCCCGAGAAAGAACUCAACAGCUUUCGCCAUUCGGGGCGAGCCACUAAAGCAGCUUAGGCAGGUAAUUCACCCUGCCUCAUUUCGGGCACUCACUGGGCUGAGCGCUGCUGGCAAAAAGAAGUCACGAAUAACUGCCCAUGGGUCUGGUCGCAAAAACAGCGGAUACUACGAUGAUAAAUGGAUUAGGAAUCGUCGGAUGGGGAGUUGGAGACUUACUUAUUAGAUUAUAGAGAAUCUCCUUGUCAGGUCCGCAGACCUUAUUCGUUUUCAUAAUGCUCAACUCACCUACUCAUCAGUGAUCGAUCACGACCUUCAAAGUCUUGCUUCUACCGGCAUGGGCCUACAUAUGUCCCUGACAGUCGGAAAUUUAGGUCACUGUGCCGUACACCCAAACGGGGUAUGGCUUCAAUAAAAUUCGAAAAAUAAAUUUUCUGGUCACCUAUUUGCUAGAUGAAAAUUCAUAGCCCAGAACGCAACCCUGGCAUCGAGCUGCGAAGGUUCUGUUGACCAGAAAGAACUUCACUGGUGUUGCUAGGACAUCCCUUUCCAUCUCCGAAUUCCUCUCCCUCAGAAUUAAAACCUUGACCUUGAUGUGAGCCCCCGGUCCACUCAGCGGACAUUGUGCCCCAUCAAGCCAAGUAAAACCCAGCUGGAUAUACAUCCCAAACGCCAUCCCCCUUUCAUAAGGUCCCUGGGUAACUCCCAGCUACAGGUAGGUCGUUUCGCCACGCCAUUUUUAUAUAUAUGGGGCAUUGGAGGCAUUGAAGCUGAAGCUGUCAUGUUAGGGCAGCCAAUAUCAAUGGUUUUGCCUCAAGUUAUCGGCUUCAAGCUGACUGGAAAAUUACCUGAAGAAGCUACUUCAACCGAUUUAGUUCUUACAAUUACACAAAUGUUAAGGAAAAAAGGCGUGGUCGGUAAAUUUGUGGAGUUCUUUGGAGAAGGCUGCAGAAAGCUAAGUUUAGCUGACAAAGCGACAGUCGCUAAUAUGGCUCCUGAAUAUGGAGCUACCAUGGGAUUUUUCCCUGCAGAUGACCAAACUUUGAAAUAUUUAGAACAAACUGGCCGAGACCCAGAAAAAAUCCAAUAUAUCAGUGCGUAUUUAAAAGCCCAAGGACUUUUUAGAGACUAUACCGGAAAAGAUCCUAAAUAUUCAGAUAUCAUGGAAUUAGAUCUCUCUGAAGUCCAGCCUUGUAUUGCAGGACCAAAGCGGCCACAAGACAAAGUCCCACUCUCUCUUGCCAAACAGAACUUCAAAUCUUGCUUAACCAGCCCUGUCAGUUUUAAAGGUUUCGGCUUAAAAUCUGCCUCAAAUCCUCAAAAUUUUACCUACAAAGGCCACGAAUAUACCAUAAAUAACGGCUCAGUCGUCAUAGCAGCCAUCACGUCUUGUACAAAUACCUCUAACCCUGACGUUAUGUUAGCCGCCGGAGUUCUAGCUAAAAAUGCAGUCGAAAAAGGCUUAAAAGUAAAACCAUAUAUAAAAACCAGCCUUUCCCCAGGCUCAGGCGUCGUCAGUAAAUACCUUGAAGCUGCAGGUGUCCAGCCUUAUUUAAAUGAGCUCGGAUUUUACCAUGCAGGAUACGGGUGUAUGACUUGUAUUGGCAACAGUGGGGAUUUAGACGAAGAAGUUAUAGACGCUAUUACAAAAGGCGAUUUAGUAGCUGCAGCUGUCUUAUAGAGGUUUCCUCUAUAUAGCGCUGAUGCGCAGACAUUUUCCCAGGAGCUUUCCAAGUUCGUCGGACCAAAUCGCUUUUUGGUCCGACCAAGGCAUUGAUUUGGUGCAACCAACCGAUAAAUUCCGAUCAGAAUUUAUCGGCCUUACAGCGCCAAACAUAGGAAACUUCUAUAUCAGGAAACAGAAAUUUUGAAGGCAGGGUCAAUCCUUUUACUCGGGCUAAUUAUUUAGCCUCUCCACCACUAGUAGUCGCAUAUGCCCUGGCUGGAAGAAUGGACAUUGAUUUUGAAAAAGAACCCCUGGGCACUGUAAAUGGGACUGAUGUAUUUUUAAGAGACGUAUGGCCAAGCCGAAAAGAUAUGCAAGCCUUGACAAAUACCGUUAUAAAGCCACAAAUGUUUAAAGAAAUAUAUGGAAAAAUUGCACAAGGCACUGAAAAAUGGAACCAGCUGCAAGCACCGACUGGUGAAAUGUACAAUUGGACUGAUAACACUUAUAUCCAUAACCCGCCGUAUUUCCAAAACUUAACCCGUGAGCUGCCUGCAAUCCCUGAUAUAACUGAGGCUUAUUGUUUAUUAAAACUAGGAGACUCUAUUACUACUGACCACAUUUCCCCUGCUGGGAAUAUCGGAAAAACUUCUCCAGCAGCUAGGUUUUUACAAGAAAAAGGGGUUUCACAGCCUGAUUUUAAUACUUAUGGCGCUAGAAGAGGAAAUGACGAAAUAAUGAAACGAGGGACUUUUGCCAAUAUAAGGCUUAUUAAUCAGCUUGUCGAAAAACCUGGCCCAAGCACCAUUCAUUUUCCAUCAGGCCAAGAAAUGUCAGUUUUUGACGUCAGUGAAGAAUAUAGAAAAAAUAAUGAAAAUUUGGUAAUUUUGGCUGGAAAAGAAUACGGCAGCGGGUCUUCGAGGGACUGGGCUGCUAAAGGGACACUUUUAUUAGGUAUCAGAGCAGUGAUUGCAGAAAGUUAUGAAAGGAUACAUAGGUCGAAUUUGGUAGGGAUGGGGGUUUUGCCUUUACAGUUUAAAGAAGGAGAAAACGCUGAGUCGCUUGGCUUAUCAGGAAAGGAAAAAUUCACAAUUAAUUUAAAUGGAGGAGACAUUAUGGUAAAAGAAGAAUUGACUGUUAAAACUGAUAAAGGGACUGAAUUUAAGGUAAUUGCGAGGAUUGAUACAGAUGUAGAAGUAGAGUAUUUCAAGAAUGGAGGAAUUUUGCCAUAUGUGUUAAGGAAACUGUGUGCCUAA